CCCCACGUCCAGAUACAGGGUAACAUUUUUGCGGGCUUUGACGAGACCUUGCUGCGGGGUGCCGAGGCUCUGGCCGCCGUGGAUAUAGUGUCGCAGAAAACCCACCCCUUCAAGCCGGAUGCCACCUACCACACCAUGAGCAGCGUGUCCUGCACUCCUACCUCGUCCUCCGUCCACCUGCACCACCCGUCCGUGCUGACCACGCACCAUCCCCACCACCACCACCACCAGCCCUCCCAGGGCCUGGAUGGCGAGCUCCUGGAGCACCUCAACUCCACUCUCCCGCUCGGAGGGGUGCCCGGCCCGGACGUGGGCUCCACACCUUCGCACCCUCACUCCCACAUGUCGGCCAUCAACCACAUGGCCCACCACUCCCAGCCUAUGAACAUGUCCCACCCCCACGGCCUCGCUUCCCACGCUGUCAUCUCCGGCCCCGAGACGGAGACGGACCCCCGGGAGCUGGAGUCCUUCGCCGAGCGUGGGGGAGGGGGGCAGCUCGACGCGCCCCUUGUAGCCAACACCAUGGGAAUCUUCCGCUCUGCAACUGUUCUCAGCCCCCCACCAGCUGCGUGGUGCGGCCCGCCGGGUCAGCAGGACGUGGGGCCGGUUCGCCGGCCGUGA